AUGACGAAAUGCCUCCAAGGCCUUGGCGGGAGGAGUGAAAAAGCAGCGCGAAAGGCCAUUCCUAUUCCCUCCACUGGCGUCUCGUGUCUUCCGCGCGCCGCCGCGGAGGCAAGGACGCUGCCACGUCUCCCGCUCCAUCUCCCCCGAUUUAGAGAGCUCCCCAGCCCGCACGGAGUCCGGGACCCCAGCUCUGCACACCCAUCUCGUCCGGUUGAUCCUUCCCUCUCUCGCGCGCGCCGUGGAGCUGUAAAAGGUUUAACCCAAGAGUGUGACAGUCCCAAUCCCGACUGCGGCAGCAGCGGAGACGAGAGGAUGGUGGAUGGUGUGGAAUAUGCAGUUGGCAAUGCCAAAAAAGCCAUAGAUGAACCAGAAAAGAGCACUGACAGCAUCCCUAGUCCACUGUUCUUGGGUACAAAGCCUAAGAAAAGACUCACUUCCAAGGUGUGGGAUGACUUCAUACCCUCCUUUGUCGACGGGAAGCUGGCGCAUGCUGAAUGCAUGCACUGCCACCGGAUCUUCAACUGUUGCGGCACCUCUGGCCUUUGGAAUCACCAGGCCAAGUGCAGCCCUGGGAUUCAAAUUCAGAAGAGGCAAAAGCUGCAUGAACAUACAUCUCUGCCAUCUAUCCAGAAGAGCACAGCAGCAGCCAAUUUUGAUCCAAAACAGAAGAAGCUCCCAAUCCAGCAAUCCAGCCUCAGGAAAGGCUCAGGCACAACAGAUGCAAUGGCCGGGCAGGAUCUUGCCUUGCUUGACACUCCCACAGACACAAAUAGGAAGAAUCAGGAGGCUAUUCAGAAUGGGUCUCAUGAGGAACCUGCAGCACCUAAGCAGAUGGGUAUAGCUCUGCCAGGUAUUUCCACUGAUCCGAAUAAGAAGAAUCAAGGGACUGAUCAGAACAUUUCUUAUGAAGAACUCGUCAGGAAAUUAGCCAUGGACGGUCACGCAACAAGUAUGGUGGAGCAAGACGGCUUUUGGAAGCUUGUUGCUCACUUGAAUCCUGCGGUCAAGAUUCCAUCCCGCAUCGACCUGAUGAGGAAGACCUUUAACUUGUUUGAGCAAGAAAAGACCAAGCUGAAGGAGAAGUUAGCAGCUUUACCAUGUCAAGUUUGCUUGAGUGCAGACACGUGGCUCUACGAUCCACGACGUUUAUUCUUGUGCUUGACUGUUCACUAUAUCGAUGAUGAAUGGAAGAAGCAGAAAAAGAUCAUCAAAUUUUGCGAUGUGCGUCCCUCUGCAGAAGAGUUAAGUAAUACCAUAUUGCGAGCUAUUGGAGAAUGGGGUCUUGAUGACAAGGUUUUCAGCAUUAUACUGGAUGACACGUUCAUUGAUGAUUCAGUGGCUUCAACUGUCAAAACCAGUCUUCAGAAAAGGAACAAAAGUGCUGCAAAACGGAGCUUGUUUGUGGCACGUUAUGCAACUCAUUUACUUGAUGAGAUUAUUCAGGUAGGGCUGGAUGAACUUGACACAAUCAUGGAGAAUUCCACAGAGUGUUCCAGGAUUUAUCCCACCCCUUCAUCAGCAUAUCAUCCCAAGUAUAGAUAUGCAUCAGUGGAUGCUUGGACAAAAGCACAGAAAAUUUGUAAAUACUUGCAAGACUUUCAUAGAUACAAGGUCUUGGUCCACAAAUUUCCUAGACCAUAUAAUCUGUUUGAUAAGGUGUGGAAUGUGAAGGAAAAGGUGCUUCGCAAUUGUUGGGACAUUGAUAGGUUCAAGACACACACAGAAAUCUACUUACGUGAGAAGGAGGAGAGAAUUUCCAGUAUGAGGUGGAAUAUGGAAAAGAAGUUCAAUAAAUGCUGGAAAGUCUGUUUCUUGCAUUUUUGUAUGCCUAUGGUCAUGGAUCCUAAAUACCGUCUGGAACACAUCAAGGCACGCAUACAACCGUUCACUAUAGAGAGUAUGUAUACUGUGGACAGUGACAUAGAUGAUUAUAUUUGCGAAGUGCAUGAUACAUUGCUUAACCUCUAUGGUGAAUAUUCAAACCAGGACCAAGAACCUGACUGCACUUCUUGGUCUAAAAUUGAGAUGGGAAAGUUCAUUGGUAGAGAUAUUCUGCAUGAGUUAUAUCUACACACUGAAUAUCCGUAUCGUCAGCGACCAUUGACUGAACUUGAUCAUUACUUGCAAGAGGCACAACAUCCAACAGGUAAGUUCAGUGUUCUACAAUGGUGGAAAGAAAACAGCCUGACCUAUCCUUCAAUUGGUCGGAUGGCACGUGAUAUAUUGGCACUACCAUGCUGUACUGACUGCAAGGCAGCAAUAAGAACUGCGAGACUAUUCUUGUCUGAGCCAGUUUAUGGUAGCGGGGUUGAGAAAGUUGUCUGUAUUCAGGACUGGCUUGCACCAGCUGGUACUACAAGGGUGGACUCAACCGUUAAUCUUCAAAACUGA